AUGUCAAGUCAAUCAUGUUUUUUUUCUCUUCAGAUCUGGAACCAAAACAAAAAACAACAUUAUCGAGGUGUUUCAGCUUCAGAUCUACCGUCCACCGCCUGUCAUCUCCGACGACAUAAUUCUGAUAUGGAUCUGUUCUUUCCGUUAAAAUCACUACCGUCAAACCUCUCCGGAGAAACAAAAACAUCACCUGACUUCAGAGAUGAUGAAAAUCUGAUAUAUUUGGUCAGCUCUAAUGUUUUAUGGAGUCGAUGGACUCAG